AUGCAUACAAGAAGUCCACAAUAUGUUGGUCAAGAAGAUAGAUUCGUCGAUUUAUCUGCACCUGCACAAGUGUUAAGUAAAAUAACAUCGCGGGAGGAAGAUAAGGAGAAGGAGAUGGAGGAUAUGGACUGUGAUGAGGAGGGAGAACCUGAUAGUGUUAUUCUACUAGGUGACACCUCUGAUACUAACGUGGAGGGUGAUUUGGACACUGACACAAACCUAGUAGACCUAAGUUCCCCGGUCAUGCCACCACUUCAUGUUGACCCAGUUAGUAGUGGUAACUUAAUGUUGUAUGGUGACGAUGACUUGCACGAUGGUUGGCAAUUAGGGGAUCCAUUAUAUUUGUAUCAAGAGUUUCGUUCCAAAUCUGAAAUGCAACAUGCCGUGAAAGUACAGUGUAUGAAGGCUCAUCGUACAACCGUAGUAUCAAAAAGCGAUGAGCAUAGAUUUGUGAUGAAGUGUAGAAACCAUGAUGACAGUUGUCCCUGGUAUAUGAGGGCAAUGUUGCCGAAGGAUGAAAAUACUUGGGUCGUUAAUAAGUGGGGUAAAGAUCACACCUGCCUAAACCAAGGUCUUACCCGGGAUCAUAAACAAUUGGAUUCAGAGGUUGUAUGUGCAACCAUUAUAAGUAUGUUAAGGGAAGAUCCAACUUUAAAACUAAUGUUGAUACAAGAGAGAAUACAACGUCUGUAUGGGUACAAUAUAACUUACAAGAAGGCUUGGAAGGCAAAAAUGAAGGGCAUUGUGAAGUUAUUUGGUGACUGGGAAAAAUCAUAUGCAUUAUUGCUGAAUUGGCUGACAUACAUGACACAGUGUAAUGUUGGUUCAGUGUUCAAGCUUGAUACAGAUCAAUGUUUUGACGAACAUCGAGUUUAUACCGACAAGGUUGUCUUUCAUAGGGUUUUUUUUUGGAUAUUUUACCAGUGCAUUGAGGCCUUCAAAUACUGUAAGCCCAUAAUACAAAUUGAUGGGACUCAUCUGUAUAGGAAAUAUAAAGGAACUAUUUUGAUUGCGACGUCACAGGAUGGAAAUGGAUAUAUGUUACCUAUUGCCUUUGUUGUUGUUCCUCCAGGUGAGAAGUUGGAAGAUUGGUCAUGGUUUCUUAGCCUUAUACGUUUUCAUGUGACACAUAGGCAAGAUAUUUGUCUAAUAUCUGAUCUUCACCGAAGCAUCAUAAGGGCAGUCCACGAUCAUACUAGUUGGCAGCCUCAAUUUGCAUAUAACAUGUUUUGCCUACGUCACAUCGGAAGCAAAUUUAAUACUAAGUUUAAGGAUGUCGAGUUGAAGAAAACGUUGAUGAAACUAGGGUACAUGAGUUCCAAGAUUCAGUUUGACAUGAGAUUUCAAGAAUUUAUUGACAAUAACCCAGAAGUUGCUUCUUGGAUAGAUCUGAUCCCAAAAAAGCAAUGUUGCAGGUCUUAUGAUGAUGAGGGACGGAAGUUUGGUCACAUGACGACUAACCUAUCUAAGUGUGUGAAUAAGGUCCUAAGGGGUGUACAUUAUCUUCCCAUAACAUCAUUGGUUAAACAUACCUACAAUAGACUUAUUGAAUAUUUCAUCAACAAACGUGAAAAGAUAUAG